CUGACUCGAAUGAAUAUUUUGUUGCUACCAAGAAUGAAUUGAAUAAAGAAGAGGAAGCAGAAGCAGUAGUAAUAGUAGAAAAAGUAAAAGAAGAAAACAUGUUAUCGGAUAAUUUAGAAACAAAGAAACCGCCUCCUAAUUGGUUCAUUGUGCAGGAAGUAAUAAAUCGACAAAUAGGUAGUAAUCCAUUAUUCCAAAGAAGAUUUUGUAGUUCUUUACAUGCAGUAAAUCGACUGGAGUUUAAGUACAAACUCCAUGACAUUGAGGAUGUGAAAGCCUUAAGUUUCAAUCAAAAAGGAAACUUAUUAGCAAGAGCCUCUCGCAAAACAAUUUCUAUUUGGGAUUGGGCUGCAAGGAAAAAGCGUUGUUGCCUUCCAUACCGUCCAAGUGCCGAUGACUUCCUAAUAAGCGAGGCCAAAUGGCUGCCCUUAGACGUAGAAAAUUUUAUGGUCACUCGUGGUUUCUAUGGUGAUAUACAUUUAUUAGAUCUUGAAUACAACUCAUGGAAACAAUUGUUGCACUAUGAAUCAUCUUUUCAUGAUUCGGUACCACGUAGAUUGCUCGAUAUAAAGAAAUUUCGAAAUAGUACGUUAACAAGUAUACAUUGUAAUCCUUCUAAUAGUAAUGAAGUUUGUGUCAGCGGUCAUUUUCCCUGCGUAAGGGUGUAUGAUCAGCGAAAUAUUUCGAAACCACUUUAUCAAUUGUGGACCACCAAGUAUGACAAGAUGGAUUAUUGUGACGCCUAUGCAACAAUCGCCAUGUAUAAUCACGAUGGGACAGAGAUUCUCACAUUGCGUGAUUUUUCCAAAACAUUAUUAUUUGAUAAAUCAAUGUGGUCAUGUGAAGGAAAUUUGAAUCAUACAUUAUUUGAAAGCAAUCAAUUUAGUUCUGUACCUGGUGUACCUGCUGAGGUAGCCGAGAGAUAUACUAGACUUAUACUUGGAAUCAAUUUUCUCGGACCUAAAAGUGAAUUUAUUAUAUCUGCAUCCCAUCUUGGUGAUAUAUUCAUUUAUGACAAGAAGAAAAGAAUUGCGGCACAGUGGUUGAUAGAAGAUUACAAAUUCAUGUGGAGACAUCACUGCGUAGGUCAUCCCCAUAUUCCUAUCAUUGCAACGGCAAGUGGGUCCAAUGUCCUGAUAUGGAUGCCUUCGAGCAAUGAAGAUACAACAAAAUCAAUAUUUAGAACUGUACCACCGUCACCACGAGGACCACCUUCACCACCGAUUCCGUCCACUCCAGAGGAGCGUUAUUGGACAUUACCCGCAACUCCACCUUCACAAACGUCUCCGCCACAUCGAGUACAGUCACCUCAAAUCGUACGGAGAUCUACGAGACCUCGCCACCCUCCACUACGUUAUACACCAAGCUAA